UCUCACCUCCUUAAAUUAUUCCUACUUCACUCACUCUUGCACCCACUCAUUUUUUUUCACUUUUUUCUUCUUCUUCUUCUUCUGGCUUUUCACCUCUCUUUCUUCUCAUAAUUCAACUUAAAAAGCCUCCUUGCUUGGCAAGUUUUUGGAGCGCUGGGUUUUGUUGUAUGCAGCUUUUCAUGGUUGGUUUCAUUUCUUUCUGGAUACCGUCACCAUGGGUUCAGGUGCAUGGAAGUUUGUCUUCUACAAAUGUGUUUUCUAGUAUUUGACAAGACAAGGCAAGUGAUCAUUGCGAUUGCAUGGGGUUGGGGUGGCACCAUGAGGGACUCCUUGGAUGCAGUUUAAAUGACUUGAUUUUGGCAUCUUCAAACUUAAUUGCUUCUGGAUAAAGCACUUUCUUGAAAUUAUCCAAGUCCAUAUGGAUGUUGGAGAGACAAAAUGUUCCUACGGCAAGCCUCCGUGGAUAUUCAAAGGCAGCGCGUUGUAUCAACUCCAUCUUGUCAAAGCAGCAACUGUCCGAGCAUGCAUUCCGAAAGAUUUCAGAUUAGUUGAAGCAUUUGGGUAUACUCUUGGCGGCUUCUUUCUUGCCAACUAUGAUGACAGUCCAGCAGGAGUCUUUGAUGAGCUCGUUGUGAUUGCUGGACUUGUAUGGAGCCCUCCAACAUCUUGCGCCUGGGCAGCUAAGGUGCUUGUGAAUAGUGAUGAAGCUUGUAAACAUGGACGAAAGGAAGUAGGGCUUCCAAGUCAUGUUGCGAGGUUUUCAAAGAGGAUUACAGCAGUUUCAAGGCAACCAAAGAGCAAAAAUAUGGGAUUUCUUAAUGUAAAUGGUAGCAGUGCUGCUUUCUGUGAUCCAAAAGAUUGUAUGGAAGUUCAAGUGACUGAAAUCAAGGCGUCGUCAGUUAAAGAUUCCUGGAAUGUCAACCUCACCACUUUUGUGCCUGAAUCGAGUGGUGAGUGGAGGGGGCCAGCGAUCAAAAUGUCUCUUCCAAGUUUUAGCGGCGGCACAGAAUAUUAUCCCAACCUUCUCAAGUACUCUUGCCGGAUUGAGUGCAGGGUACAAGCAGUGCAUCCGGCAAAAGUUUCAGGACCAUCUCCGAUGCCAAAGAAUGAAACAGAAAAAUCUUCAGAAAUCCAUACCAGCAAUACAAACAACCACGCAACCGAAGAAUUUGUGGAUAAAGGCAACCUCCUCUGGGAAUCUGUGAUGUUAUCCAAGCCCGUAUUGGCAUUGCAGUUCAGUUGUAUGAAAAUGCAGGUUGAAGCUCCAGUUGUAGUUUUCAACUCCAAGAACUCUUUAACAACCACUUGAUCAUAAUUUAUUUUGGCAGGCUGUAAUGUUUUUUUAUAUAGAAUUAUUUAUCUUGAUGUAUUUUUGCCGGAAUAAAUCGGCUCCACCUGAAUAAUUCAAACAGAUCAAUUACUUGAAA